UUUCCAUCUUCGCUUUUAUGGCUUAAGUUGGACGAUCGCCACGCAUUCGUCUGCUCAUAACGCCCGCCUGUGACACGAAUGCGCACGUAAAUACGAAAGAUACACUGGGUGUCAUAAGGACGAGUGAGGAACCUUAUCUUAUCCUUAUCAGUUCUAAAAUCCAUUAUCGGACGAGUUAUCCCGAGGACACGAAGUCACCUGGAAAAUGGGCACCAGGUACCCCUCUCACCGCGGCGACGGAUCGCUCCGAUGCCACGCGCUCGAAACGAAAUGAAUUGUGACCAUUAAGCAUCCCGCGUUUUUAUUUUUUAAUAAAUCUGUUGUAAAUAAGGUUGUUGCUAAGUUAGAUACACCGCGCGAGAUGGCCCCGGAAGAUUUAGAAAGGCCGAGUGAGGACCAGGCGUGAGAGCAACGUGUCCGGGUGUGACUCGGGAAAGGCCACCGCGCGCUGCUUAACGGGCUAAGAAAAUAGAUAAAUAAAUAAGAGUAAAAAAAAAGAAAGAGAGCGAGAGAGGGCGGAUCGUUCAUAUAUUUUUGCAUGUGUGAGAGUGCAGGCCUACCCAACAGAAUGAACGGCCUCAUGGCCCGCAAGAAGAAGUACCGCUUCCAGGUGGAUGUGCGGGUCGAGGAGCUGCAGCACGUGCCCUUCGUCAACCAGGUGCUGUUCGCCAAGGUGCGCCUGCUCGACGGGGGCUUCACCGACCACUCCACCAGG